AUGAAGUUUAAGGAGUGUGUUGAACUUGCGGGCAUAACUUGUAAAAAAAAACUUUGUCUUGAUGUUUCUACAAGGUGGAAUUCCACUUACCUAAUGUUGGAUGCUGCUGAAAAGUUUGAAGCUGCAUUUGACAAUAUGAUUGAUGAGGAUCCUGGAUACAUCGAAUAUUUUGACCUCCUUACCGGUCCACCCGGUUCUCAGGAUUGGAAAAAAGUUAGGGCUUUUGUGGUUUUCUUACAAACCUUCUAUGAGGCAACCAAAGUGUUUUCAACUUCGCAAGAAGUGUCCUUGCAUUUAGCUUUUCAUAACUUGUCUUCAAUUUUGUGUGAGCUUCAAGAAGCUUCAUUUAACUUGAAUUCUUAUGUGGCUCCAAUGAUUUCACAUAUGAAGGUUAAAUAUGAUAAGUAUUGGGGGGAUGUGGGAAAAGUGAAUCAUUUUCUUUACUAUGGAGUGAUCUUUGAUCCUAGGUUUAAGUUUAACUAUAUUGAGUGGUCUUUUAAUGAUAUGUAUGGGCAUUCUAGUGACCUUGCCAAGAAAAAUAUUGAAUGUGUCAAAACUAGUUUGUUUAAACUAUAUAAUUGGCAUAAAUCUGAUCAUGAUAAGAAUGUUGGGGCUAGUCCUUUAAGUGCACCAGGGAGCACUUCCCUUGGAGAAGCAUCUUCCCAACCAAAAGAACCAUCACCUUUUACAAGGGCUAAUGCUUUUAAGAAACAUCUGAAGGAAAAAGACACAAUUGAAAAUGAAAAUGAACUAGAGAAGUACUUAGGUGACCCUUGUUGCGGGGAGGGGGAAAAUUUUAGUAUUCUUAAUUGGUGGAAGGAAAAUUGCACCCGUUAUCCUAUAUUAGCAACCUUGGUUCGGGAUGUGUUGGCAACACCUGUUUCUAGUGUAGCCUCAGAAAGUGCUUUUAGCACGGGGGGGGAGGAUUUUGGAUAUCUAUAG